AUGGUUUACAGUCGAUAUGGUAAUUUUGUAUUUUCCGAACACAAAAAUAUUAUAUCCUUGGCCGAAGAAUGCGGUGCACAAAUUAUUGAUACUGGAAGAGUGUUGGAAGGCUAUCAACUUUACAUUGUUGAACAAUGGGUAUGUGAUAAAAAAGUGAGACCGUAUAAUACCGUGAACGUUUUUACAGGUGUUCCCUCUCACAAGGUCACCGUGUGUGUUAUUCGUAUUGAGGAGAAAAAUUCAAAAUCUUAUCCGGAAAAACUCGAACAAUUGUUUAAUUCGUUAGAGGAAGAUAGUACGCGACCAAAAGAUACUGAUUUAGGAACGUUUUUCGUGACCAACCUGAGCACCUUUCCUUCUACUCUAAAUCUUGUCUUGGUACCAGACGGAAUUUAUGAAGAUCAUUAUCUUGAGUUCUAUCUAAAUUCUAAUUUGCGGAAAUUUGGCUGUAGCGGACGAAGCGCGUUAUCGUUGAAACCGCCAACUGACACACAGAAGGAUAAAUUUUAUCAAUUAUAUGCAAUGUCAGAAGACAUACCCUUUCAAGUUGCCGUUUUGGAGUUGGUGAAAUUGAUUCAGACGGCGUUAUAUAUCUUUGGCGAUUUUCCGUGGAAUUUUAUUGACGGUUUAUUAUGCGACUCUACCGAGAGUGCGCUGAGAAAGUUCGUUAGCACACACAAGCAAAAUUUUGAUUUGCGAGACAACGUGUUAAGUCCUAAUCUCGUUGUUGCAAUAUUAAAAACGGUCGUAAGCUCUAGAAAUAAACUUAAUUCAUUGAACUACCAGGUUGGAAAAGAUCCAUUCUCCGAUCCUGAUCUGUUUCUCAGCGGAGUAGCUUCCUUUCAGAAAUGGGCAAAAAUAAAGCAUACUCGAAAAUUAGAUCAACAGACUAUUGAAAAAGUCAAAAAGGUUUAUAAUCGCUCAAAAAAUUCUGAUGGGUUAAAAGUGCACAAAGUAAUUAAGUCCAAGAUUGAAGAUAUUUCUGGAAUAUCAGCCCUCGCUUCUCCUCCUACGGACAUUGAAACGGCUACCCUAGAAGAGUUUGGGAAAAAUGCACAGAUAGACAAGCUUAGAUAUUUAUGGAAAGGAAAAGAUGCGGUUGAAUCCGAUUGGUUUCACGGUGGAAAAGAGUUGGGAAAAAGUUUUUUACGUGGUGCGAAAACUGGAGAUGCAAUAAAGGAAGGAGUUCGAGGAGUCACCGGUUCUAUUUCGAAUUUGGUAGACCGAGGCGGAUCUCCAAUUGAAAAAAUUGUUAACCUACCUUCAAAGUCAUUAUCAUUGCCACCUAAUUUUGCUUAUUGGGGUUGGAGGGGGCAAGGGAAGCGUAAGAGACCAAGGCUCAAUGUUCGAAGGACAAGAAAUCCUGAAGGGAGAAAGUGCCAAGUUGACCAGAAACACUGUGUCAAUUUAAAUCUGCUAAAUGUUCCGCGAGUUGAGUAUGAGAGUACGGAUACUGAAGCAUCAGUGCUACCUGACGCUGACUCAACGUCCUUGUAUGAAGACGAAGUGUGCGAUUGGCCAAAACAAAGGUCAUAUUCCAUGAGUACGUACGAGUACGAACAGCUAAGGUCACCACCAAUAUGUGAAUUGAGGAGAUCCAAUUCAUUUACCGACUUGAACAUGACCAGAAAACAAGGCGUGCAAGAAUUGCGGGUGAUUGAUAUGGAUAUUCAAACUUACACUACUUACGAAAGUCUCAGGCAAAGGGAGGAAUCAUUGAAGGAUUUGAUAGAACGGCUAGAGUUAAUCAUUGAAGAGUAUGAUACACAAAUCGAACAAUUGGACGAAGCCUACAAUGCGCGAUAUGAAACGUUUAAGUCAACAGAAACCAACGGUGAGACCGUAUUAUCAAAGCAGAAAGCAGUUUCUGAAUCAAUAAAACACAUUGAUGACCAGAGCGGAAAACUUAAUUAUGAGAUAGGCGUGUUAGAGGACAAGUUUAAAGAGGCCGAAGAUUUGGUUAAUCGGUUUUGCCUCAAGGUUCAAGUCAUGGAAUUUAAAAUGACGCAAUCGCCAAGAUCGAUUCAGGCGUUUUAUAAUUAUUUGACCUAUAUUUAUGAUCAAUUAAAAAUCAUGGCACCUCGAUUCUAUAACAAGAAGUCUGAAGAAGAUGAUGAAUGA